UCUCUGUUGUUAUCGUCUAUGCAUAGUCACUUUAAUAACUCUACCUAGAUGUACAUAUUACCUCAACUAACAUUCCUACAAAGCUGGGUGUUGGUUCUAAGUGAUCCUACAGUGAUGUCAGUGUUUGAGAAGGAGUAUAUUAUAUAUAAUAUAUAAUCUAUUAUCAGAAAAUACCUAAAGACCAAAGUCUACUAUCUUUAUCAGUCAAAGCCUGCAAAACAAUAGAGGGCAACAGGCUCAGUGAAUGUAAAACCCCACAAAGCUUCCUUAUUAGUCUUAGUGGAGGUGGAUUGUAGUAUUCUGAAAGUGGAGUUUGGUCAUUUGUUCCUUCAUGCAGCGAUAUAACUCAUCAAAACCCUUUAUCUCAAUAUUCCUUCCUCAUAUCAGGUUUUGAUGUUACUGUAGACCACUUUUAUUGAAGCCCUGUCUCUUAUGCAAUACUUAUUUCUAGGUACAGAAGUAGUCUGAAUCACAGACAUUUGUUACAUCAGAAGAGAUGGUGGCAUCUGUAGUCGUCUUUCUUACCAUGGCAAUACUCUCAGUAUAUUGUGCUGGUCUAGAAGUGCUUCCACCUGGACCUGUGAAUGGAACAUUGGGAGGAAAUGUGUUUUUCAAAACCACCAUCAAUCCAACCACACUUAGUGCAAUCGUCUGGACUUUUGGUGACCCCCCUGUCAUCAUUGUUGACUUUCUCAGUUCUGAAGGUCCUGUGACCGGAGAGGGAUAUGUUGGCAGGAUCAGUCUGGACAAUAGCACUGGAUCUCUGGAGCUCUUGAAACUGACCAUUGCUGACAAUGGAGAAUACAGAGUGAUCCUAAGAGUGUCUGAUUUGAUGUAUUUGUCAAAUACUUCACUGAAUGUCUAUGAAACAGUAUCUGGUGCUUCUAUCACAAUUACCCCAAACCCACCAAUCAUCGAGGGGGGCUCUGUCACUUUAACCUGUGAUGCAGCUGGCUUCAACAUCACCAGAGAGUGGAUGAAGGAUGGUCAUCCUGUGUCUUCUGGUGACAAUAUCAUCUUAUCUGAGGAUAAGAGAGUGCUGUCCAUAAAGAAGAGAACAGACAGUGGUGAAUACCUGUGUAGAGUCAGCAACCAUGUCAGCUCUGAAAAUGCCAGUGACACUGUGAAUGUAAUCUAUGGACCUGAUGGUAUGGAAAUCAGGGUUCCAAAUGAAAUAGAAGUAGGACAGAAGUUUACAUUGACCUGCUCUGCUGACUCCAACCCGCCUGCUAGUUACACCUGGAUGCACAAUGAGACAGAGAUACCAGGACAUUCACCUGAGUUCACUAAAGAGAAGGAUGAAUACUCUGACAGUGGGGAGUACUCCUGUACAGCAACAAAUGAUGUCACUGGAAACAAAACAUCUGUGGUCCAUAAACUGUCAGUAAAAGCGGAGGGCUCUCUAACUCCAGACGGACUGUCUGUUGUUGUCAUCACUGGGAUUGUGAUAAUAGUGUUGCUGGUUGUGGAAGUGGCAGUUAGUGUUGCAGUCUAUUUCAUCAAGAAAAAUGGAAGCAAUGUUGAGCCAAUGCAUCGAGGAGGCUCGCAACAACAUGUAUAUGAGAACCCAUCACCUGUGUAUGAGAACCCAUCACCUGUGUAUGAGAACCCAUCACCUGAGAACACAUCACCUGUGUAUGAGAACCCAUCACCUGUGCGUGACAACACACAACAAAAUCAAUCUCCACCUCUACCCCUGACAGACUUCAAGAGUACCUAUGAUACUAGGAUAAUGCAGUAAGAGGUCAGGAAGAGAUCUCCAUUCAACCACCAUUCUCCAGUUCCACAAUCAACACAAAGAAAACCUGCAUGAUAACACCCAGUGUGGAUCUGAAAUGUAACGUACAUAAUACAUUUAUGCUAUGUUUGUCUGCUUUAUUGUGUCAUUUAUUAACAUUGAAAAGAAAACCUUGUUAAUGAAAGUAGAUAACGCAUUACUGUACUGUAAUUUUAUAAAUUAGAGCAUAAUUAAUGCCAGUUAAAUAAAUACAAAUUAUUUAAAUGAUGUAAAAACAGAAUGACUAAUAAAUAUUGCCUGCUAUUUUCCUA